AUGAAUCUCAUUUUUCUUUUGUUGAUUGAUUUCGAAUCUGUGACUGGAUUUGACGUUUCAAAUCCAUACAUCGAAGAAGAUAUCGAAAACAGAAAGUUCCACGAAUCGGUUUUUUCAACUGAAUUAUGGGGAAGAUUUGGAGAUGAGUUCACCGGAAAAGUGAUUCUUUUGAAAAUGAUGGAGAAAGGUAAGACUAAUUAAAUGAAAUUGGUAUAUUGAUUGUCAUUCAGAUUUGUUCAACAAAAGUGGUUUUGUUAAAAAUCCGGAAGAAUCAUUUGAAAGUCAAGGAAAUCAAUUUUAUUUGGGAAAAGAGAAUCAUCAAUUUGAAAGAAGAACAAAACAAUGUUUUAUGACAAUUGAUCAUCUCGCCAAUAUUCGUAAUUCAAAUCUGACUCAUAAAAAAGAGGAAAUCAUCAAUUUCACAUAUUUUCUGCAAUCUGCAAAACUUCCAUCGCGCAAUAAUUUGACUGAAAUAACAUGGGCCUGCCCAUUAUUACAUCCAGAUUGUUGUGGAAUUACAUGUUGUGGAACAGAUAACAGAUAUGCAAAUAAUACAACUGAUCAAUUGGUUAUGCUUGGUCAUUUUCUUCUUGCCAGGUAAAUGUAUCAUUUUUUAUUUUCAGACCCUAUAACACAUUUAUUUCAGUUGCUGUCUUUUCAUAAUCGUUUCUGUUACCGUCGCAUGUUUCUGUUUUUGCUCAAUGUUUUUCACAAAGGUUAUCAGAGUUAAUUUUUUGGAUGGCGAGCAACCAGAAAAUGAAAACCAUGUCAGAGAUUUGGAACUUGUCGAACUCGAGCUGAAACCACUUCGACGAUCAAAAAGAUUUCACAGAUUGACUGUUUAA